AUGCGAGAUGUGCUGAUGAAAUUUCUUGAGGCAAGCGCUGCAAGUGGCGCGUGGGAAUCCGCACUUGCCGUGUGGCGCACCACCGCAGUUGAGGACGUCGCCGUGUCGGGGUCGCAUACAUUGCUUUUGACACGCAUGUUGGUACAGGCCGGCAAGUGGCGAGAGGCGAAGCACGUCGUUAUGAGUGAUGCAGCGAGCGUGUGCCCUCAGCGUCUCUCCGCGAGGCUGCUGGCGAUGCUGGCGGCGAUGACAGAUGCCAACGGCUGGAGCGAGGCGUGCCAAUUGUUGCAGGAUGGCCAGAUUUGUCUUGAGAAGCACGGCAGCGAGCAGCGCUCCACUCUCCAGUCCGAGGUGGUGAGACUUGCAGAGUCCUUUGAGCGUUGCGUCGUUCCGCACAUUCCCGCAUCUCAGCAGGAGCCUUGGGUGAGGCUUGCUUGCGAGAUGCGCCGUGAUGAUCUCCAGAACCGGCAGCGCCCUUCCUUGGAGGAAACGCGCGGCGGGGAUACUGCGGCUGAUGCUGCGGCGUUGACGAACAACGAGGAGCUCCUUCAUAUUUAUCGCAGUCCAAAAAGUCGAUCCUCGUGGACGCGGGCGCUUCAAACGCUUUUGUCCAUGCAUCACCCCAAUGCCGCCUCGGUGAACAUCACUUUGGGGAUACUGAGCCGGCAAGGACGUCAGCGCGAGGCAGUUGAUGUGAUCACAAAAUUUAUGGUUUCACGUGAGAUUCAUCCAACGGCGGUGACGGUGAAGACAAUAACGGAGGCUGCGAAUACCAUGCGUUCAGGGAAGUUGUGUCAUCUGAUUCUUUCCACACCAGCGCUGCGGGAUCAGAUAACCCCU